CUGUUUCUUAUCGUUCACCGGUGUCUGUAUCUUUACUGGCGUGGUGGCAGCGUCGGGAUACGAAAUCGACGCUAAAUAUCGUUCCUAAGAAGUCCGGCCGAAGAAAAUCGAAGAAAAUCACCGAGGUAUUUGGAUCCCAGUCCGUAAAUGGGGAUGACUCGCGUGGACGUCAGUCUGUGUCCUCUCUUUCGAGUGGAGAUGAUGGUAUUACACUUGUUGACAUUAUUGCUGAAAUCCGGGAUCUCAAAAAAGACAUGAGGCAGCAGAUUAAAGUGGUAGAUGAUGGAAUACAGCAGUUAUCUAGUGAAGUUCGGGAGUUGAAAUCCGGUGUGAAAGUUAAUUGUGAAAGAAUACAGCUUUUGACCGAUGAAGUUAAGUAUUUGCGUGAUAAACUUUACACAGUUGAAUUUGAAAAUGAUAAAACGAAAGCAGAGUUGUUACGGAAUAAUCUCAUAUUUCAUGGGCUCCCUCAAAGUGGGUUUGAAAAUUGGCAGGAGACAGAAGAUGCUCUUCGGAGUUUUAUUUCGGAAAAAUUGGAUAUGCAUGCAGAAGAGAUCGAAUUUGAGCGAGUUCAUCGCAUUACUCAUGUACGUAGUCGUCCACAACCUGUAGUUGCAAGAUUUCUUCGAUAUAAGCAACGAGAAAAAGUCCUUCGAGCAUCCAGUGUGCUAAAGGGUACGAAAUAUUGGAUACGUGAGGAUUAUACCCCCAGAAUCAGGAACCUGCGUGGGAAACUUGGAAAAUAUGUUAUGGAGGCCAGGGAAGAAGGCAAAUCAGCAAAACUACUUUAUGACAAAAUUAAAAUUGACAAUACUGUGUACAAGUAUGAUGAAGAAACAGAAACUAUCAAGCCGUUGGAAACCAGUGACUCACUACGAAAGCAGCAAGGGACACACAAAAGAGUAUCUGUAGUGGCCAUGCCAACUCCUACUGCGUCCAAUAAUUCAAAUACUGUUAAUGACUAG